AUGAAGCAGUGUAGAAGGCUCAAUUCACUGCAUCUUGCAUCUCAAAAUGGACAUGCUGAGGUUGUCAAAAUACUUCUCGCGAAUGGGGCCGAUGUUAAAGCAGCAAGUGCCAAAAAGUUCACCGCGCUGCACCUUGCAUCUCAAAAUGGACAUGCUGAGGUUGUUAUAAUACUCCUUAAAAGUGGAGCCGAUAUUAAUGUAAAAGAUGACAAAAAGGUGCGUUCUCUUUUUGAACAUUCAGUACUGUAUUACAAAGAGAGAACUCCGUUACAUAAUGCAUCCGCAAAUGGCGCACUCAAUGUCGUGAAGAUUUUGGUAUUAAACGCAGCUGAAACUAAUGCAAAAGAUGCGGAACAGGUUAAGCAAAGUUACCGAAAUCAUCAAAUUUAG